AAGAAGCAAGUGUUUUCUAUGGGCUUGCUUGCUGCUAGGUUUAAUAGCAAUAUUUUGCCCAUAAAUCUCUUAAGUUUGGCGCCUAACUCACAGACGUGUUACUCUCUUGCUUAAUAAUUAUGAUUCCGCAUGUUAAUAUUGUAAACUAGCUUGCGAGGUGAACUGAAAAGCAUCUUAGAAUAUAAUUGGAACAUUACGAUGCCAUCCCCGAUGGAGGGAUCUUCCAGAGAAGGUGACCUCUUUACUGUGAAACAUGAGCUGAAAAAUGCCAACCUGACGGGCCAUGUGGAGAGAGUGGGCAUUGAAAACUUUGAGCUGUUAAAGGUGCUGGGCACAGGAGCAUAUGGCAAGGUGUUCCUGGUGAGGAAAGUGAGUGGCCAUGAUGCAGGGAAGCUGUAUGCCAUGAAAGUUUUGAAGAAAGCCACAAUUGUACAAAAGGCAAAGACCGCCGAACACACACGCACGGAGCGGCAGGUGCUCGAACACAUCCGCCAGUCUCCGUUCCUCGUCACACUCCAUUAUGCCUUCCAGACGGACACCAAGCUGCACCUCAUUCUCGAUUAUGUAAACGGUGGAGAGCUAUUCACACAUUUGGUGCAAAGGGUGCGAUUUAAUGAAAAAGAAGUUGCCCUGUACAGUGGAGAGAUUGUGUCGGCACUUGAACAUCUACACGAGCUUGGCAUCGUCUACCGGGACCUAAAACUUGAGAAUAUUCUGCUUGAUUCAAGUGGACAUAUAGUUCUCACAGAUUUUGGCCUCAGUAAAGAAUUUGAUCAGAUGGAAAGAGCGUUUUCUGUCUGCGGCACCAUUGAAUAUAUGGCUCCAGAAAUAGUGGAAGGAGGAGAGUCUGGACAUGACAAGGCGGUUGACUGGUGGAGCCUCGGCGUUUUGAUGUACGAGCUGCUGACUGGCGGAUCCCCCUUCACCGUGGAUGGAGAUGAGAACUCGCACACAGACAUCGCCAAGAGGAUUUCAAAAAAGGAUCCUCCUUUCCCCAAAGAUAUGGGACCACUGGCCAAAGACCUCAUCCAGCGACUCCUCAUCAAAGAUCCCAAAAAGAGAUUGGGCUCAGGCCCUAAUGGAGCGGAGAAUGUGAAAAAACACCCAUUUUACCAGAAAAUUAACUGGGAGGACUUGGCAGCUAAGAAGGUGCCCGUCCCGUUCAAGCCAGAUCGGGACGAGCUGGACGUCAGCAACUUUGCCGAAGAGUUCACGGAGAUGGACCCCACCUACUCUCCUGCAGCUCUGCCUCAGAACUGCGAUCGCAUCUUCCAGGGCUACUCCUUCAUGGCCCCCUCCAUCCUGUUUAAGAGGAAUGUGGUGAUGGACGACCCUGUCCAGCUGUUUGGGGGCUCCGAGAGGCCCGGCUCUGCCGCGGUGGCCCGCAGCGCCAUGAUGAAGGACUCUCCUUUCUACAUGAGCUAUGAGAUGGACCUGAAGGACAGCGCUUUAGGAGAGGGAAGCUUCUCCAUCUGCAGGCUGUGCACACACAAGAAGACCGGACAGAAAUACGCGGUCAAGAUUGUCAGCAAGAGGAUGGAGGCGCAGACUCAGCGGGAAAUAGCAGCCCUGAAGCUCUGCGAUGGCCACCCCAACAUUGUCAAGCUACAUGAAAUUUACCACGACCAGCUCCACACGUUCCUCGUUCUGGAGCUGCUGGGUGGGGGGGAGCUGCUGGAGAGGAUCCGCAGGAAGCAACACUUCAGCGAGACGGAGGCGAGCCGCAUCAUGAGGAAACUGGUGUCUGCCGUCAGUCACAUGCACGACGUAGGAGUGGUGCACAGGGACCUCAAACCGGAGAACCUGCUCUUCACAGACGAGAGUGAGAACUCUGAGAUAAAAAUCAUAGACUUUGGCUUCGCUCGCCUCAAACCGCCAGACAAUCAGCUCCUGAAGACGCCCUGCUUCACCUUGCACUACGCCGCGCCAGAGAUCCUCAAGUACGACGGCUACGACGAGUCCUGUGACCUGUGGAGUCUGGGGGUCAUUUUGUACACCAUGCUGUCCGGCCAGGUGCCUUUCCAGUGUCAGGAGAAGAGCCUGACCCACACCAGUGCUGAGGAGAUCAUGAAGAAAAUCAAACAGGGAGACUUCUCUUUCGAAGGCGAGGCCUGGAGGAAUGUGUCCCAGCAGGCCAAGGACCUGAUCCAAGAGCUGCUGACGGUCGACCCAAACAAGAGGAUUAAGAUGUGCGGCCUGCGCUACAACGCCUGGCUGCAGGACGACAGCCAGCUGUCCUCCAACCCACUCAUGACCCCCGACAUCCUCGGCUCCUCCACUGCCUCGGUCCACACCUACGUCAAAGCUACCUUCAAUGCGUUUAACAAAUGCAAGCGGGAGGGUUUCCGCCUGCAGACGGUGGACAAAGCGCCACUAGCCAAGAGGAGGAAGAUGAAGAAGACUAGUACCAGCACGGAGACCCGCAGCAGUUCCAGUGAGAGCACCCACUCCUCGUCCUCCUCCUCCCAGUCUCAGGAGAAGACUUUUCCAGAGGGCGACAGCACCAAGCCGCAGCCCUGCAGCAGCACCCCUCUCACCACGCCCGCCAACACACCCGUGGCCCUGGGGACGGACUCUGAGCACCAACAUGAGCAUCCAGCCUUCCACUUCUCAGAGGGACAGUGAGACAGCCACAGGAAAAGUUGAGAUUCAGACAGUUUCAUGACCUGCAGGAUGGCUUGGAGCAGCUCCUUUAUCUUUCUCUCCGUCCCUGGCAGCCCUCUGCCUCCAAUUGCAUGGACGUCCGCACGUCUCCACAACCGAGCAUGCAGCAGGAGCAGCAACCCUCACCUCAGUCUCAAUCAAUCAUCACUAGCAAUAGCCUCUUUUCUCUCACGUUGACACGCAGACUGUCGAUCAGGGACUGGACCAGGAAGAAGUCGCCACCAGGGUCCAAAAUGGAAAACGCUGCCCUACUGCCCCAGGUCCAGACAGACAAUGCAGCUCGCUCUCUGUCCGCUCCAUUAGCCCAUCUCUGUCCUUGCCUCCUGAGGUUUUAAAGGGAAAGUCGUCGUGUUUACACCAUGGAUGCUUCGUGUUUAUGAUUUGUCUAAAGGGAGAGAAGAAACGUUCACUUCUCUGUUGCGGGAAGUCUCUGCAACAUGGAGCAGAGUAUUUAUAUGUGAAUUUUACAGACUGAGAUUUAUUUAUGAGAUAUAUUGUUAACUUAUUCAUGGUCAGACCUGAUCUGAAAAGAAAUAAGGGAUACAGUGAGCCCUUUAACGUGUAUGUGUGUAUGUUUUAUCAGCUCAAAAGACUGUUUUUAUGUUGUCAGAUGGUUGUUCAUUUAUGUAUGUAGUCGUCAUAGACAUCAAUGCUUCGAGUAGGUUACUGAGACCACAGCUAAGUAAACAGUUCAGGACGAUUGUGGGAAAGAAUAGACGGCUAUUAGAAAGUUAUGUGAGUUCUUUGGACUGCAGUUGUGUUCAGUAGAUUGAAAAAAAGUAAUUUCCUUGUUCAUAAGGACUCAAGAAGCAAACCAUUUUUAAUAGGAACAACCAAAUGUGGAUGUAGUUUGUUCAGCCAAAUGUGUUUUAUUGUUAUAUGAGGGAGUAGGGCUGCCGGAGGGGAGGUGACCCGACCCGACAUGAAGAGCUAUAUUUAGACUGAGUUUUGCCUCCGAUGUGGGAGUGUGACUACUUCGAGACUGUUCCACAUGGCUUGAUCCUCAAGUCAGUAUUUAGCCCCGCGCUGGAUUUGCCUUGCGUGGUGGAAGACUUAAUUAUAACUACAACCAAUUGGAUUGAGCAGGACAUCCCAACCGGAAAGUUCUGAUGAGCUUAGUGCGAGGUGAACGAGUUGAGGCGUUUGUGGUUUUUCUGAGAUGCCAAAUGUGCAGCAUCAAGUGGCUUCCUUUUCAGAUAGAAGAUCACAUUAUUGGAAAAUGAAAAGGUUUAUGUGCCAAAAAACUGCAUUUACAGCAGGUGAUUGAGAGGAUUGUGGGGUAAGGGCGGUGGUACGUUCAGACUUUUUUUAUGCAAUCUAGUGCAAACGUUGCCCCUAAUGUGGUAAAACAUUUUCCCUUUAUGAAAACCUCAAGUCCCUGAGGACAGAUCUGAAAAAAUGAAAGAUGCUCCUUAUUUUUAAUGCCACCCCUGGCUCUGUUUACCAUGUUGUGCUGCAUGACUGAAAUAGUGAUCGUUGCACUAUGUGACAGCUCUCACUUUGAGGCAGAUCUCUGGUUAGUAUUGAAUCCCCAGUGCAUGAUGUCAACUGAAACAUCGACCUCUUCCUUCUCUUUGUUUGAUGGGCUUUUUCGGGCGGAUUCUCACUUGAUUUAAUGUGAGUUUGUUUACUUGCACAUUUGAAAAUGCCCACAUUUAUGGGGACUUUGGAGUUUUACUGUUUUACUGAAUAGCCUGAAUAUUGUCCCGAUGUUACAGCUCUGGUCUAAACCAGGAGAGCAGGGCGAGUAAACGCUGAAAUACUGUAUUCUGUUUAUGUACUGGGGUCUCUGUGUUCAGUAUGUGAAGCUGCCUCCAAACAGUUUCUCCUGCUCAAUGAGGACGCACAGUUGGACUACUGUGUGCACAUUUACACACUCCCUCAUCUUCUUCCAUUUUAAUGCACUCUGAAUCCGAACCAAAGCAUUAACUUCAAGGUAGUUGCUCUAAGCUGCAUGAGAAAUCUCCUUCCAUGCAUAUAUGCAAAGAAAUGCUUCUUAUAUUUACAUCACAGUUUCUGUUUGUCCCGCUGUUGACAUCCAUCCCUGAAACUUAAACAGCGUCCUGCGUGUUUCAUCAGAGGUUCUGUAUAGGAUCUAAGAAGACCAUAUCCAGCACAUCAUCAUGCUUUAAAACUAUGCAUCUUUUCCUCUGUUCUGUUGCUUUGCCAUUUCAAAAUAACCUCGCCAAACAAACUUUAAAGAUGCGCAUCUAAUGUACUUUAACCCUCAUGGCAUCAGCCACAAUGGAAAUAGCAAAGUAGAAUAUGUUGCCUGUACAAAAAGCUGGCAUCCUUGAAGCUGAAGACUACAAAGCUCUUGUCUAACUUAGCUCGCAUGAGUUCCCUGUUGCUGCCUCAUUAAGCCUCUUUUCUUUUGUUUGGGUGUAUUAAUAGCUCAAGUGGAGGAAGAGGAAAAGUGUCCUAUAUUGAGCUCCCCUCUGGGAGCCAGGCUCUAUUAGCUGAUGCGCUGCAGUGCUGUUUGUUCCAAAGAAAACACCGUGCUCCACACACUGCCGCUGUGGGACCCAGCUCUCUCUUUUUUGUAGGGAAAAUAACCGUGUAUUACAGGAAAGGCUUGGUUUAGUACCAACGUCUCCCGGGGCCAGAUUUUUAAAGCUAGGUUUCCCCUCUUUGAUGAACAUCUUGUUCAGCGGGCCUCUGUGAAGCAGAGCCGAGGGAGGGAGGCCGGUUUUGACUUGACGCCCUGUUGUCUUUGAUGCACUUUUGUUUAUUGGUUCCCUGGAAAUUGACUGAAAGCGUCUUUUUUUGAGUACAGUGCUUCCUCUUUUUUAACUUUUCUGUGAGUUAAAUCCUGAUAGACUAAAUCUUUGUAGCGUUUUGCAACAUGAAUUAGAGGGAUGGUACUUUGAAGUGUUUUGUAUAAAGCAGUGACUGCUGCAUUUUAGAGUCGAAGGAUUGGACUGUUCCCGUGUACUUCUGUCAGUGGAGUUAAGUCGUGCUUAACAGACCAAUGAGGGUACCAAAGCUCAAAGUGUCAUCUUGCAUUGAGAACACAGCUUUGUGCUUUUUGGUGCAUGUUUUGUCUGUAGAAGUGGUCGUUUAGAGACAGAUGCUUUGACAAUUGUGGCUCUUUCUGUGUCAGAUUUAAUUUUGGGAUCUGUCCGUGGUGCUGAAGUGACCAAACCUCUGGUGGAGCUGCAGAAAUGACCUGUAUUAAUAUGAUCAUUCAAAGCAGUGAUUCCCAACCUGGAGACCCUACACAUUAAAUGGAAAUGAACAUUUAUUAAGUAAGACUCUUCUUAUAGGGAGGAUCCACUGACUGUUCACAUGUACGUCUCUUAACAUGUCUUAGAGAGUAUUAUAUUUGGAAAACACAUUGUUUAAAGCCAAAAAUCUGGAGGUGUAGAGUUACCAUGAAGUGAAUUUUCCAUACUAAACACAAUAUUCUGUUUGUGUUAAAUAACAUCUAAGUUUAAAUUACAGUUUUUAAAAGAUUAUAAUGAAAAUAUCAACACUUUGGGGCGUGGGUGAUCCACAUUACUUCUGCAAAUGAAAACUAUUUAUUUUUAAUUAGGAGCAUCACAACAUUGAAACCUCCCAACCAUGAUUAUAUAAAACAAAGGUUAUAGCACUUAUACUUUAAAGGACUGGAUGUGUUGGGUGAACUGACCCUUUAAUGACCCAUAUCGGGCGAAAUGUGUUUUGCUGUCCCCUUUACAGAGAUGUGAAAACACAGUCGGCUCCAGAGUUAGCUCGAAGACGUUUCAGCAGCAGCAUCUGGACGUGUGGUUUGGGAUUCAUUUAGUUGACUCAGUGCAGUGUUGCUCUCACGUCGUCUGAGAUUAUUGAAAAGAAUUCAGUUUUGUUUUAAUGAGGGAAACAAAUUGCAAAAGAUGUCAAUCAGAGCCUGCCAACCUGCCACUUUAGGCAUCAUCCUCCUCUUCAUCAUCACCAUCAUCAGCAUGUGCUCCUGCUCGAUUCCUGUCCGUAUCUCUCACGUGUUAUCUCUUCCUGUCAUAUCGUUACUGAAGCGUGUCAAAAAGUACUGUAGCAGUGAUUCCCUUUGGUCGAUAUUAAACUGUUUCCAAACACGCAAUCAAGCUUUAAAGGCAACACUUUGCACUUGUAUGUUAUUUUUUAUCAUGCAAUUUAUUAUUAUUAUUAUUGUUGUUGUUUUAAAAAAAAGAGAGAAAAUAUCCUCUUUGAUUCUGUGCAGGUCAAAAAGUUGAACUUAUUCAUCCGUCUGUUUCUGUUCCUACAUCUCUGAGAUGAAAUGAACCUCAACACCGAAUAGUACUUUUACUGCAGUGAAUACACACCGUGUGCAUAUCUGCUUUUUUAGGGCACUGUGAACAUCAUCAUCCAGGUCUCUGGGCACACCAUCGAAAGGAGGAGAAAAAAAAAACUUGAUUUGCUUCAAUAAAUGCUUUACUUAGUGGCUGAAUACAUAUGUACAUUUAAUAACCUGAAACCAACAUGAAAGGUCUUUUAAUGGACUCGUGGCUUCAUUGUAUUUUAAAGUGUAUUACUGAAGAUAUUUUCUGAUACCAGGACUUGUGUGUACUAGAUGUAAGGACAAUAAAUGUGCGACUUCCUGUUCA